AUGUCCGUGGUUCUCUACGGGGCGCCGGUUUGGGUUGAGGCCUUUGCUGCAACUCAGCGAGCCCAGGUGGACCUGAGGCGGAUCCAACGCCGGAUCGCCAUACGGGUGGUGUCCGGGUACAGGACGGUGUCGUACGUGGCUGCGACCCUCCUGGCUCGGAUGCCGCCCUUUGACAUCCUGGCGGCGUCUCGCCGCCGGAUGUAUGAGAGGGCUCGCGACCUUCGCCCGUACAGGUUGUGGACGUCCGAGGCGGUCGCGGAGGCCCGGGCUGCGGAGGAGCUGCUGGUCCGCCGGCAGUGGCUUCUGCAGCUCCGGGCCCCGGGACUGCCGAGUGUUCGUGUGCGUGACGCGAUCCUGCCGGAGUUUAAUCUCUGGCUGGAUCGUCCGAAUCGUGGCGGCCUGACCUUCCAUGUCACGCAGUUGCUGACGGGCCACGGGGUGUUCGCGGAAUUUUUAUACAAAAUCGGGAAGUAUCCGUCUCCGCAGUGUCUUCACUGCGGAGACGCGCGUGAUGACGCACAGCACACCCUGCAGCACUACGUGGCAUGGCGGGUGCAGCGCGAGGAGUUGAAGGACAUGGGACAUUUCUACAAGGAUUCAAAUAAUGGAUGCAAGAUUUCCUGA